GAGAUGUAAGUGGCCAAGCAAUACUGAACACGUGGGCAUAACAGCAUCGGAUAACAAAUCCUUUGUCCAUCACAAUUUUCGUUUGCAAAACUAUAGAGAUUGCCUUUCAACAAACCUUUCCCUUUUGAUUGUAGCAAAAUAUAGAAACUAAAUUAAAGGCUGAUAUUAUUCACAAAACUCUGCUCAAAAACAUCAGCAACACACCCAAAAUGGAAGCCUCAGCUGCACUAAGCAGUAGAGGAAUUCCUGCUGUUAAAUUUCAAUGUUAUUCUCAUAAUACUUUCAAUGGAACAAGGGCAAUGCAGGUUUUAUCUAUGGCCACUAAGAAGUCCAACUCGUCAUCGUCCACCAAAACCACUGGCUCUAAAAAGGGUAAUUCGGUGAAGCUGCUGACGCGGGUGGAGCAGCUGAGACUGCUGACAAAGGCAGAGAAAGCAGGGUUACUUUCAGCAGCAGAGAAAGCAGGAUUGUCAUUAACAACAAUAGAGGAACUAGGUCUCUUGUCAAAGGCUGAAGAGUUGGGUGUAUUAUCAGCAGCAACAAACCCGGAAACCCCAUCAACCCUUUUCACGCUUAGCCUGGGGCUCUUACUUCUUGGCCCUGCUUUCGUUUUUCUGGUACCUGAGGAUCACACCUGGGAAAUAGCUGUCCAGGUUUUGGUUGCACUGCUUAGUGUUGUCGGAGGAUCUGCAGCUUUUGCUGCUUCGAAUCUUGUAGCAAACCUACAGAAUAUCGAAUAAUUUUUGCUGAAGAAAUAUAUAUGCUCCUUAUUUGCGUAUUUAUGUAAUUCGUUCAAUCUAUUCUUACCAUAGACUAUACUGCUUGAACUAUUAUAUACUUGGAAGUAUGAAUACAUUUGCUAAGGAUCAUGAAAGGCAUAGGCAUGCAAUCUUAGCCUUGAAAAA